AUUUCACUAGCAAGCACACGAUAGGCUCUUCACCUGAGUCCACUGCCCUAUCAUUACCACAACUGGAGGACUGCCUGUGUUAUUUCCGGAGCAUCGUACGACAGGGGCCAGAAGAUAAUGAGCGUCUUUCGCUGAAAAAUCCGUUUAUUAUGAAGUUGGGCUGUGACAAUUUUAAAGGGGUUUAGGCUAAGACCUACAAUAUUAAAAACGACGUUUUUAAUUGUUUUCUACAAAUAGCCAGGCAUGUUCGACAGAUAGACUGUCUCUCAUCUCGCCGGAAGAAAGCCGACAGCAGCCGAACGCUCACGAGUUUACGGAUUUGUCAGACACAAGUCCGGAGACGCAACAUGUUUGAAACGGGCAGAAUCUCACUCGUCCUUCUCGACGUUACCUGCCUUAUUUUCGUUGGGCUUCCCUUUGCGAUCCUCACCCCUCAGCACAAUCCCUUCAAAAGGGGUUUCUUCUGUAAUGAUGAGUCCAUCAGAUACCCCCUGAAAGAGGACACCAUAUCCUAUCAGUUACUGGGGGGAGUCAUGAUCCCUUUCACACUGAUUGUGGUAGUCAGUGGUGAGUGCCUUGGCGUGUAUAUGACUCGUGUCAAAAACAAAUCGUCCUUGAGGACUAACUAUGUGGCGCGAAUUUAUAAAGCAGUGGCCAGCUUCCUGUUCGGGGCUGCUGCUAGCCAAUCACUGACGGAUAUUGCCAAGUACUCGAUUGGUCGACUGCGGCCGCACUUCCUGGCUGUGUGUAAGCCUGUGUGGGACCAUAUCAACUGCAGGGCCGGAGGCUAUAUCGAGAACUUCACCUGUACCGGGGACAAGGAUAUGGUAGACGAGGCCAGACUUUCCUUCUUUUCUGGUCACUCAUCUUUUUCUAUGUACUGUAUGCUGUUCCUUGCACUGUAUGUCCAGGCCAGACUGCAGACAGAGUGGGCCAGGCUCCUCAGACCCACCAUACAGUUCUUCCUGAUUGCAAUGUCCGUCUACGUGGGACUGUCGCGCAUCUCUGACUACAAACACCACUGGAGUGACGUACUUACUGGCCUCCUGCAGGGGGCGAUAGUCGCAAUACUCACGGUGUUCUAUGCGUCCGACUUCUUCAAGAGGCCUGUUGAUCCAGUAGAGAUACAAGAGGAGACGUCCGAAACCAGUCUCCAGGACAACCCAGAUAAUGAGAACCACUAUGGAAGCACAAACUGAAGCUUUGGCCACAACAUGACUUACUGUAGCAGACAACGCAAGGAGGACUAGUAGCAUGCUAAGCUAGCUACAACUACCUGCCAUCCGCUACGGAGGACUAUGGUUAUUUAUUUCAAUGCAUUGCAGUUCAUUGGCAUUGGCUGUUGUGGUGGUCACUUUGCCAGAGCCCUGAAGACAGCUGCUAGCCCUCUCAGUGCCAAUGAUAUUGCCUAGGCUGUCUCCUUUGGUUGGGUGUGUAGAGCUAAUGAUCUGUAGAUUGGGUUUCUGGUCUUUGCAUUAGGCUGUGAGGUCUGAGUUUGUUGGAGCUGUUGUGUUUGCAUUGGUUUGAAGCUUUUGUUUGAAAUGAAUGGAAUCCCAGUUGUUACAGUGAGCAGAGUGUCCAUGUGUGCAGCAGUGGAGGCUGCUGAGGGGAGAAAGGCUCAUUAUAAUGGCUGGAAUGGUUUUCAUGUGUUUGAUACCAUUCCAUCUAUUACACUCCAUUCCAGCCAUUAUAAUGAGCCAUACUCCCCUCAUCAGGCUCCACUGUUGUGCAGCCAGGCCAAUAACAAAUCUUACAUCUGUGAACCCUUACUGUCCCAAAGCUUAAAUGAAAGCCAGGAGACUUAUUGAAAUCUGAAAUUAUGUACUAUGUACUGUAUAUAUUGUUUAAUACUGCCUUAGCCAGAUUGUUGCUGCUACUUGCUCAAAGCUCCCUGCAAACUCCUAACAAAUGUGUCCAAUAGUAGAAAUCAUGAUGGCAACUACACAAAUUCACUUUUUUUUUUUUUUUUUUUUUUUUACAGUUUGUUGUAUCUUUUUUGAAGUACUGUUGUAAAACCUGUAUCUGUGAUCUGAGAUAAAGAAAGAUGGCAUUCCA